AUUUGAGGCUGUGAUUUUUCAGUUAUCGAUACUUUUCAUUUUACACAUUUUUAGAUAUUUUUUUUAAUUUAAGGUGUAAGUAUGGCCACGUCGUUAGAUGAGGAAUUCAAGUACUUUCUGAGUAACAUAAGUUGCCUGGCUGUGUUGCGUUUGCCCUACAAUGAACGUUGCAUGAUGAUCAAAAGAGUGAAAAACUGUCGCGAUAUUCUGGGUUACUUCAACUACUUUGAGAUGAUGUACUGCUUUUUCAAUGUGCACGAAAAGUUCAUUGAGAUCUGUGUGAUGUUGAUAUUUUUGAUAAUUGCCUACUACUAUCUGCUGCUCAUGUCCAUUGUGGUGGAUGUUUCUUUCAUGCCCGUGCUGAAGAUUCUGUCGGUCAAGAUGCAUUUGAGCGAAUUUGUGGCUGGUGCCACGCUCUUUGCCUUUGGCGCCUCGUGUCCGGACUUUGUGGCCAAUCUGCUGCCCAUUCGAGAGGACUCUGCUAUAAUUGCCGGAACCUUUGGCGACUCGGUGGUUAACGUUUUGCUCUGCGGUGGCCUCAUCUGCUAUAUGAAACCUUUUAAGAUGGAUUGGUUUGUUGUGGUGCUAGAAUUGUUGUUCCUCUGGCUGGCUGUGGAACUGCUGCGUUAUCUGAUGUUCUACAAUCAAUGCAUGAGCUACACCGACAGCUCAAUCUUGCUCUCCGUUUACUUGCUUUAUUUGAUCGUCAUUGUAAUCGACCUUAAGCUGCUGCGCUGGACCAUAAAUAAGCUGCAGCGGGAAAUUCUUGAGCUCAAACGACAGUCAGCUUCAGUGGAGCGCGAGAACCAGAUGGCGAUAAGGAUUGCUGCCUUGAGGGAACUGAUGCGUCAUCAGCAUAUGCAAAUACGCAGCAGUUCCUUGCGUACAAGCAGACGACGAACCUUGGAGAACUCUUUGCCACAACUCAAAAAGGAGGGCUUGGAUUACGAAGCCAAUCGCACCAUGUUGCACAACAAGAACAAUCCAAAGAAUCGCUUGCUGUGGACAGACUUCUUAGAGUCCCUGAAUCCCAUCGAUGCCACAGAAUGGAGAUUAGCUGGACGCUGUCAACGCUUCUGCAUCUUGAUUCAGUGUCCUAUGCGACUACUGGUCACCAUCUUCGUUCCCGUGGUGGAUUAUGAGCUCUAUAAGCAUGGCUGGAGCAAGUUGCUCAACUGUACGCAGAUUGUGACGAAUCCCUUCUUUCUUAUCACUGCCGUACAUUCGAAGUGUAACAAUUCGUACACCUCUUGGAUCGCAGACUUUAACAUCAGCUACUCCAAGUGGUCUUUGUGCCUCACCGUUCCCCUGGCCAUCGUCACUUUUUGCCACGCCCGCACCGAUGUACCGCCUCAUUAUCACUUUCUUUUCAUUGUGCUAAGUGCGAGUAGUUCCUUAGUCAUCAUUGUGAUUUGCAGCAGUGAGAUUGAGGUGCUCAUUGCCAUUGUGGGCAUCGUGUGUCACCUGAGCGAACACUUCUUGAACAUCACAUUUGGAUCGAUGGGCAGUGCUGUUAUCAAUCUGAUGGCUUCUUAUGCCAUGACCGUCCAGGGAUAUGAGAAAUUAGCUUUCACAGGAGUCUUUGCUGGACCUUUUUUUAAUACUGUUGUAAGCAUGGGUGUCGCCUUCAUGUACAAUGAGAAAACUCAUAAGGUGGGAUCAGCAAUAUGGUUGAAUGGCGAGCAUGGUGACAACUGCUAUAUAUUUAUAUUCAUUACCAUAGUUACCACAUUAUGGUGGUUGUCGUUGUUUAAUUUUACCCCUCGACGGUCGGCAGCUGUAUUUUCUUGGACUAUUCUUGCUCUUUUCAUACUUUAUGCCGUUGCUGUCGAGUGGGAUAUAGUACACGAAAUAACGAAUGAUGAAAGGUUUGAGCCCAGAUAACUAUUCCAGUCUACUAAUAAAUGUUGUUUUUUAAUAUUAUA